CCGUAUGGUGGUUUCUCAGUAUCACAUCUAUAUAUAUCUUAUUACCUGAGUAUCACAAUCCGAUUGGGUUAUAAAGACGACCCCCACCUCAAAUCUUCACCACUGCUUCAAUAUUUUAAGAGCUAUCGAAAGCGAGAAAGAAACGAAAAGUGAUUGAGACUAAUAAACUGAUAUACCUGAAGACCAACAAUGGCCAAACUGAGUCUAACCAUCAUUCUUAUGGUAGGGAUAGUCUCUGUUCACACCAACGAAAUCGAUGUUUUUGAAGGACUUUUCGACCAAGUUUGGGAGGAAGCCAAUUUUGAUGGACUCGCUUUGGUCUAUACAUGGGCUCCAACGUUUUGUGUAAAGGGACCAUGUACACUCAAGAGCACAGCUAAGAAGAUAUGGACAAUACACGGGUUGUGGCCGUACAGUAAUAACAUGGCACCUUCGCAAGGGCGACUUGACUGCGGAGGAAUGUACAAUCAGGCUGCUAUCUCUACAAAAAGAUCCGAGUUGGAGGAGAAGUGGCCAUCAUAUAGCUCCAAAACAAAUGACCAGUUCUGGCAACAUGAGUACGUAAAGCAUGGCACAUGCGCGGGUAACCUGGCGAAGUUUAAUUCGCAGCUCAAGUACUUCGAAGGCUCCCUCGAUCUCUUUGAUAAAUACGACAUCAAAUCUAUCUUGGGAAGCGGCAACAACCCUGUGCUACCCUCUAGAACUCUUCAUUAUCCACUGAGUUGGAUCACAACAGCUCUCAAGAAGGGACUCGGAGUGGAACCUAAUGUCUACUGCAUAUCGAAGAACCGUGUGCAAUACUUGUUCGAGAUUCGAGUUUGUUUCGACACGUCUCCCCAAUCAAAACUGAUUGACUGCACAGGGCUGACUGGCGGUGGUAAAUGCAACCCUGGAUCGGUUGUAUAUCCACCGUUUCAAGACUACGUCAAUGCAAAGUCUCUGUCACGUGACGAACUCGCUUCUGAUUGGCUGUUCAACAUGAUGGCUGACAUAAUGGAAGACAGAGAAGGUGAUGAUGAGACCAUGCAGCUAUAAAACAAUGAUAGCUCCAUGGUGAGAUUAUAAUACCACCUCCACCGAAAAGAUAAUAGGAAACGAUCAACUUCUAAUCAGAUUGAUACCAGGGUUUAAUUGUCUUAUACAAUUCACAGAAAAUUAUAUGUUCUCGUUUUCAUUGUCUUUGGGUUGAUGGUGUUG